AUGGGGGAGAAAUCGGCCACGGCUCGCACUCCUGCGAAGACGCCGUCGUCAGUGAAAAAGGCACCUUCAACGGGCAAGCAACAGAGCAUCCUCGGCUUCUUCUCUAGGCCAGGAGCAGCCGGAAGCGCCAAUGGAGCUAGCCCCUCACCCUCCACCAAACCAGCAUCCAGAAACAAGAGGGACGCAUCGCCCCAAUGCCUGAAAGAAACGACCCGAGCCAACUCCAUGCUCACGUCGAGACACACUACAACAACCACGCUCGUCCCCAGCAGCGAUGCUAUCGAACCCUCGAGGUCCCAGGAAAAUAGAGAGACGAGUACUGUUAAGGUGAUUAGGAAAGACAUUUCCCCACUCACCGCACCCGCUAACAUGAUGCAGAAGUCGGUUGCCACUGUCAAGGCGAGCCUAAAUAGCAGCCCGUCGCGGAAGGUCAAAAAGGUUGUUAGCUACGCCGAAUCCUCCGAUGACGAUGACGAAGCGGUUUUUGCGACCUUGAAGGCCAGGCGUUCUGGACAACGCCGCCCCCGCGCCGCCGUUCCAGAUGAGGAUGACGAUGAUGGGGACACAUACGAGGCCGAGGCGAAUGAUUUUGAGGAGGAAGAUGACGACUUGGGGGACUUCGUCGUCUCGGACGACUCUGACGCACCCUCCAAAUCGAAGAAGCGGAAGCGACCAGCAGCCAAGUCUUCGGCCCCCCGCAAAAAGUCCAACUUUUCCUCCUCUCCCGCCCCUCCACCCCUUGAUGACGAUGAAGUGAUGGAGGAUAUUCCGGCCUCGACAUCGACCGCGCAAAAGUGGACGUACGACCCGGACAACGUUGAAACUCGUGACCCUGCGGCCAGGGCCCCCCCACGGAAGCCAACAGAUCCAAAAACAAAACCCAAGGCACACACUAAGGAACCGGAGGAUAGAUACCCGUGGCUAGCCAACAUUUUGGACGGCAACAAAAACCCCCCGGGGCACCCAGAGUUCGAUCCUACUUCCAUUUACAUACCUCCGUUAGCUGAGCGGGGGUUCUCGCCGUUUGAGAAGCAGUAUUGGGACAUCAAGAAGAAGCUUUGGGACACUGUCGUCUUCUUCAAGAAGGGCAAGUUUUAUGAGCUGUACGAGAACGACGCGACCAUCGGGCACCAGCUGUUUGAUCUCAAGCUCACCGACCGUGUCAACAUGCGCAUGGUGGGCGUCCCUGAGAGCUCAUUGGACAUGUGGGUCAACCAGUUUGUGGCAAAAGGAUACAAAGUCGCUCGUGUCGACCAGAUGGAAUCUGCACUGGGUAAGGAGAUGCGCGAGCGUGACAGCAACGCGAAAAAGGCCGACAAGAUCAUUCGCCGAGAGUUGGCAUGCAUCUUGACCGGCGGCACCCUCGUGGACGGCAGCAUGUUGCAGGACGAUAUGGCCACAUACUGUGCAGCCAUCAAGGAGUCGGUCGUCAACGACAAGCCCGCCUUUGGUAUUGCGUUUGUUGAUGCCGCCACGGGACAGUUCUUCUUGUCCGAGUUUGAGGAUGAUGUUGACCUGACCAAGUUCGAAACGUUCGUCGCCCAGACGUCACCUCGAGAGUUGGUCCUGGAGAAAUCGCGGUUGUCUACCAAGGCUUUGCGUAUCCUGAAGAACAACACGGGCCCCACCACCAUCUGGAACAACCUAAAGCCUGAGACAGAAUUCUGGGGCGCCGAUCUUGCGAGGCGUGAGCUGGAGUGUGGGGGCUAUUUUGUCUCCGAGGGAGGCGCGGAGGAAGUGUGGCCCAAAACGCUCGCGGAGUCGAAAGACAAAGAUUUGGCAAUUUCAGCUAUGGGAGGCUUGACUCAUUACCUCCGUGUGCUCAUGCUCGACCGCAACCUAUUGUCACAGGGCAACUUCGCGUGGUACAACCCCAUCCACCGAAACGGCACCCUAAUUCUGGACGGCCAGAGCCUUAUCAACCUGGAGAUCUUCACCAACACGGCCAACAACGGCCCUGAGGGCACGCUGUUUAACCUCCUCAACCGCUGCAUUACUCCAUUUGGCAAGCGUCUCUUCCGCCAAUGGGUUUGCCACCCAUUAUGCAACACUCAAAAGAUCAAUGAGAGGCUCGACGCUGUCGACAUGCUCAAUGCCGACCGCAGCAUCCUGCAACAGUUUUCGUCGCAGAUGGCUAAGAUGCCAGACCUGGAGCGGCUGAUUUCUCGUAUCCAUGCCGGUGCAUGCCGGCCCCAAGACUUCGUCCGAGUUCUUGAGGGCUUCGAGCAGAUCGACUAUACGAUGGGCCUUCUAGGUGCUUUUGGCGGCGGUAACGGCCUCGUGGACAGGCUUAUCGCCUCCAUGCCUGACCUCAAGGAGCCCCUAGGCUACUGGGAAACUGCAUUUGACCGGACAAUGGCCCGGGAUGGCAAGCUUAUCCCCGAGAAGGGCAUCGAGGAGGACUUCGACAACAGCCAAAACGAGCUCGAGCGGAUCAAGGGGGAGCUGCACGCCCUGCUCGAGAAGCAGAAGACAGCACUCAAGUGCAAGACAAUCAAGUUUACUGACGUCGGCAAGGAGGUCUACCAGAUCGAAGUUCCCAAGGCCGUCAAAGUGCCUACGAACUGGCGCCAGAUGUCGGCCACAUCGGCCGUCAAGCGCUACUACUUCCGAGCAUUAGAAGAUCUUGUCCGGGAGCUUCAAGAAACUGAGGAGACACACUCACAGAUCUUGAAGGAAGUAGCCUCAAGAUUCUCCAAGCGGUUCGACAUGGACUAUGAAGUUUGGCUGCAGGCGAUCCGCAUCAUUGCGCAGUUGGACUGCCUGACCAGCCUUGCGAAGUCGUCAUCUGCUCUCGGCGUGCCCAGCUGCCGCCCGGUGUUUAUCGACGAGGACCGAAGCGUGGUCGAGUUUAAGGAGCUCCGCCAUCCUUGCAUGACCAACAGCGUCGACGACUUUAUCCCCAACGACAUCAAACUGGGCGGCGACGAAGCCAAGAUCAACCUGCUCACAGGUGCAAACGCAGCUGGCAAGUCGACCAUCCUCCGCAUGUCCUGCAUCGCGGUUAUCAUGGCCCAGAUAGGCUGCUAUGUCCCCGCCCUUUCAGCCACGCUCACUCCCAUCGACCGCAUCAUGUCGCGCCUUGGGGCCAAUGACAACAUCUUCGCGGCACAGAGCACCUUCUUCGUGGAGCUCUCCGAGACCAAGAAGAUCCUCUCCGAGGCGACACCGCGCUCGCUCGUAAUCCUGGAUGAGCUCGGCCGCGGCACGUCGUCGUACGACGGCGUGGCGGUCGCGCAAGCGGUGCUGCACCACGUGGCGUCGCACAUUGGGUGCGUCGGCUUCUUUGCGACGCACUACCACAGCCUGGCGGCCGAGUUCGCGCAGCAUCCGGAGGUGCGCGCGCGGCGCAUGCAGAUCGACGUCGACGAGGCGCGCAAGCGCGUCACCUUCCUCUACCGCCUCGAGGACGGCGUCGCCGAGGGCUCCUUCGGCAUGCACUGCGCCGCCAUGUGCGGCAUCCCUGGAAGGGUCAUCGACAGGGCUGAGGUUGCGGCCCGCGAGUGGGAGCACACGAGCCGGUUGAAGGAAAGCUUGGAGAGGGCGAAGAUGGGCUGUUAUAUCCCGCUGGGCGUGCUCAGUGAUGUGGCGAGCUUGCUGGGGGAUGGCGAGGAGGUCGGGGAGAGGGGAGUGGAGGUGUUGUUGAAGGCUAUCGAGGCACUUUGA